CGUUUGAAUGGCGCAGGUUGCGGGCGCUGGCUCCCGGCCGUAGCCUCCUGUGACGAUCUCUCCUGUCGGCGUGGGCGGUCCGGUACCAUGAGCAGCGGGGAUUUGAGAGAUUAUGGCAUCUGAGGCUCACAAUGCUAAAAAACAGAAAGUACUGCAUAUUGAAGGUCGUCCUGUUGAUCUCCCCAGAAAAAGAAUCUCUUCUUCCACUAAAAAGAUCAUGAAGGAGGAUAAGAAAUCUCCAAAACAGCUGGCUUCAUACACAAACAGAAUAACAGUUGGAAAAACGGUGACCAGUCCCCUAUCUCUCUUCAAAGCAGUACAUUGUAAAAGAAAAGUCCAUUGUUAUACUGCAAAGCCUUGUUACAAGAAGAAACAGUUCCCUAAAUCAAGGGGCUGUAACAUGGCAAAUAAAGAAAAUGAACUGGCUUGUGCAGGGAAUCUGCCAGCAAAACUGAAUGACGGUCGUACACACUUGCUGAAUUCUAGUGACUCUGGCUCAUCUCAAACAGAAGGCCCCUCUUCCAAAUACAGUGCAUUUUUUUCAGAGGUUUCUCAGGACCAUGAAACUAUGGCUCAAGUUCUUUUCAGCAGGAAUCUGAGGCUGAAUGUCGCUUUAACCUUUUGGAGAAGGAGAAGUAUAGGUGAACUGGUAGCCUACCUAUUGAGGAUACAAGAUCUUGGAGUUGUAGUAGACUGCCUUCCUAUGCUUACAAACAGUUUACAGGAAGAAAAACCAUAUAUUUCAGUUGGCUGCUGUGUAGAUCUUUUGCCUUUAGUGAAAUCACUACUUAAAAGCAAAUAUGAAGAAUAUGUGAUAGUUGGUCUAAACUGGCUUCAAGCUGUAAUUAAAAGAUGGUGGUCAGAACUAUCUGCGCAUAAAGAGAGGGCAGAGGAUGGAAAUAUGGUUAUUUUAAAACAACAAUUAAGUGAAUUAUGGGAACAAGAAAAUCAUCUUACUCUGGUUCCAGGAUAUACUGGUAAUAUAGCAAAGGAUGUAAAUGCUUAUUUAUUACAACUGUGCUGACACGACUGAGAAAUGAUGCGCUUAUGUGGUGAAACAAUCCUUUAAAAUGUUCCUGAAAUACAUACUAUUUCUGAAAGCCUUCUGAAAAAUAUUGGUGGAAGAGAACUGAACUGUCAAGCUGUUUAAUGAAACCACUAACGAAAUCCUAACAAUCUACUUCACAUUGAAGUGGAAAAAUGUCUAGUAGGAGCAACUUUUACUUCAGUGAGGUGAAACUGCACUAUGAAAACUGUAUGCCUUUGCUGCAUUUGGGAUUCAUUCAAUUACUAGGUAUUCACUGUUUUCCUACAGCGUUGCAUAAAAAGAUGAAUUCAAGUGGUUCUGCCGUCUUGUCUGACUGACAGUAAUAAAGAACCAACACGAGCAAUCGGCAUUAAGAGCUUUUAGUGUUCAUUCACAAGAACUCCAAAAUGCACAGCUAUCUUCCAACUAUAUUAAAGACAACUCUGAAAUAUUCAAUUAUUUCUUUGUUUUAACUGAAACUAAAGACAGUUUUUGUUUGCACUAUUGAAAAAGCAUACAACAAAAAUGCCUUAAUUACUAGUGUUUGAAAAAGCCAAUGUGUUGAGAUGUAAGUAGCUAUUGUAUGUUCAGACUGUGAUGAAAAAGUGCUACAGAAGUCAGGGUUUCACAUUGUGUAGUUGUUCUUGAAACAUUGCACAUAUACAAAAAUUAAUGUAAGAAAAAUAAUAUGAAUACCUGAACUUAAGCGUGGAUAAGCAGUUAUUACAAAUGUGAGCAGAAUGGUGAAUAUACCAAACAAAUUUUUUUUAUAUUGUAUGUGGAUUUCUAACAUGAUAUCUUGUUCUGUAUCAUUUAAACUACAUGCAAAUAAGUAAAUAUAUUAAAUGUAUCUACUGUUUUCUUCUCAAGUUCAUAAAAAUAAUUUCUAGAACAAUUUCUUCCACAGUACUUUCUAUUGUAGAUAUUUAUAUCCGUUAUUUGUGAAAUGUUUACAGCCAGACAAGGCCAUUGUUACUCAAGUCACAUCCUUCAUAUUCUACCUCCUUUAAGGAAAUGGCAGAUAGCUUUGCAAAAUCAAUUACUAACCUGAUUUAAUGCUGUCAAAUUAGUACUAUUUUAAACUGGAAAAAAAAACCCAAACACAAACAUUGAAAAAACUAUCAACUUUUACUCUUCUACUGUUGUUCUUUGCUAUUUUAAUUUAAAAGCUAUACAGUAGCAGCUCUGAGGGAGUUUUGAUUUUUAGUCUUGUUUCCAUGUUUUUAUCUUCUGGUUAGGAAGCAUGCUUUUCCAAUUAAAGCAUAUAAAGUGCCAGUUUUUCAAUUGAACAGAAAUAUAACACCAAAUCCGUUUUUUAAAAAAUUAAAAGAAGAAUGAUAAAGUACUUGGAAAGGUUAUUUUCAUGUCUAGCAUAAAAUGAAUGCACUUUUACUGAAAUGUCAGGCAAAAAGACUAGUGUGUUUUAUUUUGUUGUUUGUUUUUUUUUUUUUUACUUUACGGAUGAAACAGAUAUCUUACAAAUAUCUCAGAUACCUUACAGAUGAGAUUUAAACUCAAGUAGUGGUCAACAGCUUUAGGCCUCCUGUUACUUCAUUUGUAGUUUAUAUUUUAUUUAUGCAUCAUUAUUGCUGUUUUCUGAAGACCAGUUAGAAAUUGAUCAUCAGAACUUGGUGCUCUUUGGUUAUUAGAAUAUUCUUCAAACUAUCAAAUGUAUUGUGCUACAGGCUAUCAGCUACAAGGAAGAAUGUUUAGACAUCCCAAGAUUGCAGCUUUCACUGGGACAAUCUCCUGAGAUAUACAUAGCACAACGUAGCUGGAAUUAUGUAUAACUAGAGGUAUUUCACGCCACAAAGAUUUUCAAGGCAGAACUUAGUGUUUCUCAGAAUGUUUUUUCUGUCUAGUAAAAAAAAUUGAACUACAAUUCAGUAAUGUUAUUUUCUUUACUGUUCUUUAGAGCACUGAUAUAUAAAGCUAACAAAGGCUUGGAAAGUAACUGCUGGAGCUCUUAGAUGGCUCCUCAAGGAGCAUACUCUAAAGGUGGUGGAAACUCAAUUUUUAAUUUUUCCUGUUUUUGUUUUUUUUUAAAUAGAUAAGGUGAAAAAAUUCAUGGCCAUAUAAUUUGGAUACUACAAGAAGUAAUGACUAAUUAAAAUGAAAUACUUUACUGUUCAAAAACUCAGCUCAAUAAUAGGUAUGAACAUGUAGUCUUAAACUGAAUUGUACGUAUGGCCAUGGAUUUAAUAAUAUAUAACCGUGGAUGGUGCUUUUUUUAAAUGUCAAGAUAAGAUUGUCUUUAGGAUUAUUAUUGAUGAGUAAUAAAAUAAUGCAUUAUUUUUUAACUGCCAAAAGUUGUAUUUUGACAGCAUCAAUAAUACAAUAUUAAACUUGAA